UGCUGUCUGAGUGCUCUCAGGUGACCACGUUAAAGGUCCUCAUCUCACCUUUCAGCCCUUUAAGUAAACAGAAAAACUGCAGGAUGCACUCGCCAACCUCCAUCAUUAUAGGAAAACAUCAGUCACCACCAUGUUUCUGACUGUUCCUGUCUGAAAACUGAUUGUUUCAUCACUAAAGAAUGGAUGAGUGGUUCUUGAAACAGGAUUCCUAAGGUAGAAGAGCACUUGUGGACAACUAGAAAGCUUCAAUGAGGACUUGUAUGACAACGGAGGACUUGGAGGAAGAUUCAUAGGAGACUAUUGGAUGUGAAAAGGGCUUGUAGAGUGAGUAACCCCAUCCCGUCCAAUCUGAAGUCGGAGGCCAAGAAAGCCGCCAAGAUCCUGAGAGACUUCACCGAAAUCUCCAACAGGAACGGACCCGACAAACUCAUCCCCCCUCAUGUGAUAGCGAAGGCGGAGGGUCUGGCCAUCAUUUCCGUCAUCAAGGCCGGUUUCAUGAUCACAGCGAGAGGAGGCAGCGGCAUCGUCAUCGCCAGGCUGUCCGACAGACGUUGGUCGGCGCCUUCCGCCAUCGGCAUCGCCGGUCUGGGAGGAGGCUUUGAGAUCGGGGUGGAGGUGUCAGACCUGGUGAUCAUCCUGAACCAGCGGCGGGCCAUCGAGGCAUUCACAAAAGGCGGGAACCUGACGUUGGGCGGGAACUGCACGGUCGCCGUGGGACCUUUGGGCAGGAAUGUGGAGGCUGAUGUUGCUCUGCGCAGCACAGCGGCGGUCUUCACUUACUGCAGGUCCAGAGGUUUGUUUGCUGGUAUUUCUCUGGAGGGAUCCUACCUGAUCGAGCGAAAAGACACGAACCGCAAGUUCUACUCCCAGGACAUCCGAGCAUCUUCCAUUUUGAAUGGCGAUGUGGAGCCACCAUCAGAGUGCUACGACCUCUACCACAUCCUGGACGCCUACGCUGAGGCCUACACUGCCGACUGGACCAGCAAGAACAUGCCUGCAAAGUCGUCUCUUCCUCCAUCCAGACCUCCAGCUCCUCCUCAGCAGAAGGCAGCGACCAGCUUCCAGCAGCUACCAACCAACACUGGUGGAAGUACAGGAAGUAAAAACGCUCUCUACCCAAGCAUCUCCAUCUAUAAAUCUGCAACCUCAGGUGGACCAUCGAUGGGUGGGGCCAGUGGACAGCUAGUCGUCACGGCGACCCAUCCAUUCACAGGUCAGCAGCUGGGAGACCUGAGCUUCGCUCCCGGGGACCGCAUCACCGUCAUCACCAAGACCGAGUCCCAGUACGACUGGUGGGAGGGCCAACUGGACGACGGGCGAGUUGGGAUCUUCCCCGCUAACUUCGUCACAUACUGACUGUCGCCCCCCGGUGGUUCAGUUUCUACAGGCGCCAGGAGGGGUCAAGGGAGCGUUUGGAUAGUGCUUUAUUUUAGGGGUCUGUAAUUUCUUAAUCAUUUUCUAUAAAAUUUCCUCAAAAAAUAUAUGUAAUUUGGCACGAAUUUUAGAAAAUUUAAGGAAAAACAGUGUUGUCUGUGGACAAACUUCACAUUUUGAAUGUCUAGCUGACCUGCUGUACACUGAUGAAAAGACUUACUACAUUAAAUUUAGAAGUUAAUUAAUUAAUUUAAAAUGCACCAAUUGUACACUCUUUCCAAUUAUUAGCACCAAAAAAUCAUUCAUCCUAGGAAAUUUCUUGGAAAUAAUUUAAAAAUUACAGACCAGUUACAUUAAAUGUUUGCAUAUUUUGUUCUUUCAUGAUCGUGAAAUGAUUAGAAACAAAUGCAAAAAGAUUUUAUCUCAACAUAACAACACAAUUUAGUUGAGAAUUUGGAAAUUAUAAUUAAUGUGAAGUUGAAAAUAUAUAUUUUAAAAUAGUUACGUACACAUUGCUGUGUCCCUUUUUAAAAGGCUUCAGUUAAGCUCCAAUAAAACGUUUAUUAACUGGAAAAAAAAUUUUUUUUUCACACAGUUUUUGCGAUCAAACUGCCAACAAAUGGUGUUCGGUGCCUUAAAAUAUAUCACAAUUCAACAUUUAAAUUGAAAAGAUGAAGAAACUAAAAUGUUACUAAAUGUCACUUUUUGGCUCCAGAAAUCACUUGAAAGUUAAAAUAGUUUAGAGUUGUGUUCAGGGACCUAUGGAGCGUUGGAAAUCUUAGCACUUUGUUCAACUGGGUGACGUGUUUGUUGUUUAUGUUCACAGGUUAUUGUGGUGGUGACGGUGAAAGGGGUAUGACUAGAAUAUUUCACCCAAAUUAUAAUAAACAAACAUCAAUUUCCUUAAAACAUUUAAAAACUGAAGCAAAUGUACAACAGAAUAUAGACUUUUUUUUACUAGACUAAAUUAUAAUUAAGUUGAAAAUAAACACUUUUUAAACAACAUGAAGGCUUGAUAUUAAAAGGACAAUUAGAAUUAACUUGAAUUUUAGAAUAAAUAUAAUAAAAAACUAUAAGCAAAUUAAACUUUCAGGCAAAGAUUUAGUUGCUUUUGGAGGAAGCUCUUCACUGUGCGUUCAUAUAAAACAGUAUUUAAAGCUUCAGUUCUGGGAUCUGUUACUGUCUUUAAAAUGUCUCCUCAGCAGUAAACGGGGAUGAGGAUGGUGUUAUGUAUUUAUGGACACUUAAGAUUUAUCUGUGUUUAUAGUUUAUAUAUAAUAAUGAUGAUGAUGAUGAUGAUGAUAUUCUGUCAGUUUGGUUUGAUUUUAAAUAAUUAUUUGCUGUUUUUGGAUUGUUUUUACAUAUCAGAUACUGUAUGAGAAUCAUAAAUAAAUCUAAUUUAUACAGA